UCAUCCAAAAUCCCAGACCCCUCUUUCUCCUCACCCCAAAAAAAGACUCUACCUUUUUCUGUUCUCUCGCUCACCGAUGUCAGGCCGAGGAAAGGGCGGGAAGGGGCUCGGCAAGGGCGGGGCGAAGCGCCACCGCAAGGUCCUCCGCGACAACAUCCAGGGCAUCACUAAGCCGGCGAUCCGCCGCCUCGCGAGGAGGGGCGGGGUGAAGAGGAUCAGCGGACUGAUCUACGAGGAGACGAGGGGGGUCCUGAAAAUAUUCCUCGAGAACGUGAUCAGGGAUGCGGUGACCUACACCGAGCACGCGAGGAGGAAGACGGUGACGGCGAUGGAUGUGGUGUACGCGCUCAAGAGGCAGGGCAGGACUCUUUAUGGGUUCGGCGGUUAGGGUUAGGGUUUCUUUGUUCCGCUCAUCCCAAAAGUCUUGCUGUCAAGAAAAAAAAAGAUGGGAUUUUUUAGGUUUUUUUUAGCCUUGUUGUUCGUGCUGGUGCUGUUUUCUUGUUUGUGAUUUAGAAUGUUAAUAUGUGUUUUAAUUGGGAAGAAUUUGAAUGGAAUUUGGUGAUUUUAGA